CAAGCUGUUGUUCAGCCAAUCGCCAAGGGUCUGCAGAUAAGCCCCAGUCAGCGCACUCUUCUCCCACCAAUCCGUCGACACGCUAUCCAGCAACAAGAGGGUAAGCAGUGUAACAAAACCGCCCCUAAGGAAAGCUGUGAUGACAAGGAAAGGAAGAAGGUUGGCGAGGUCCACGCUGUCCUAAAACCGGCAACAUCCCCUGAAAAUCAUCAAUGACCACUUGGCCUACCGCUUUGAGAUACUCGAGGUGAUCGGCACAGGCUACUCUGGCCAGGUCCUCAAAUGCAUGGACCACAAGACCAUGGAACUGGUGGCGAUCAAAGUCAUACGAAGCAAAGAAAGAAAGGAUCUAUACAAAGCUUUAAAGGAGACCACCCAGCAGGGCUUCAGUGAGAGAGAGGUGAGAAAAUUCGCCGUAGACGUGCUGAAGUGUCUGCAGAUGCUCAAAAAGAAGAGGAUCGUCCAUGGCGACCUCAAACCGGACAACAUACUAGUCCACAACAAGGACAAUGACGUGCACACAGCAGUCGGUGACUUUGGAGGGAGCUACUUUGUGAAAUCCAGAGAUCAGCCCCUCAUCCACACUAAGAACUACUCGUCUCCCGAGAUGCUCCUCGGCAAAAGGUGGACCAGUUCAGCUGUAUAA